AUGCGUUUACCAUUACCUACCGAUGUUAAAGGUGCACAAGUGAUUGAUCGUGAAAAAUUUAAUAUUACUAUUCAAGUACCGUGUAUAACAGUACCAGUAGAACAAAUACGAAAAUUUGAUUGGAAAAAUUCAUCAUUAGACAUUUGUCAAUUGAAAUGUAUUCAAGAUUUAGAACCCAUAUCAAAAACACAUAAACAAAUAUUGUUUGAUCCAGAUAUGAUAAAAAAUGUAGAAGAUAUUGUCAAAUUAUUACCAUCAUCAAUUGAUAAAAGUGAAAUUGAACAAUCAUUUCAUUAUAAACAAAUUAAUAUUACCUAUAAAAAUUAUAGCGUGGAUGAAAUUGUUCGAGCAAUACUGUCUAAUGAUAUAUUAGAACAAAAUGUUAAUACCGGCAGUGGUUAUAGUCAAAUUGGACAUAUAGCACAUUUCAAUUUGAGAGAUGCCGUAUUACCGUACAAACAUAUUAUUGCUCAAGUUAUUUUGGAUAAACUUUCAAGUAUAAAAACUGUGGUGAAUAAAUUACAUAAAAUUGAUAACGUUUAUAGAAAUUUUGACUUUGAAAUAUUAGCGGGUGAACAGAAUACAAUUGUAACAUGUAAAGAAAAUAAUGAAACUUUUAAAUUUGACUUUGCCAAAGUUUAUUGGAAUCCACGUCUUGGCAGUGAACGUGAACGUGUUUUAAAAUUAGUUCAUUCAAGAGAUUAUGUAUUUGAUAUAUUUUCUGGUGUUGGUCCAUUUUCAAUACAAGCCGCGCAUAAAGGUUGCACUGUCUAUGCUAAUGAUAUCAAUCCUGAAUGUGUAAAAUGGAUGGAUCUAAAUUAUAAAUAUAAUCAAUCAAAAUCAAAAGGUCGUCGGUAUGGUGAUCAUAAAUCGUACAAUUUAGACGGACGAGAAUUUUUAACUACUAUUGUUUUUCCGCAAAUUGAACAAAUUCAACAUGAAAUUUUGAGUAAUGAAGAAAAAUGUCAGCAUUAUUCAAAUGAUAAAAUUGUUCUAUUCAUGAAUUUACCUGAAAUAGCUUUAACAUUUCUCGAUGUAUUUCUCGCAUGGUUAUCGAAACACGAGGAUAAUAAUGGAAAAUGGAUGUUACCUAUUCACAUCUAUUGUUAUACGUUUUCAAAAGAUGAAAAUAAAACGCAUGAUAUUACAGAACGUUUAGAAAAUAUACUACCCGGUGUUGAAUGUGACGAUAUACAUUUUGUAAGACAAGUAUCACCCAAUAAAGAUAUGAUGUGUGUGACAAUUAAACUGUUUGAGAAGAAAAAUGAAAAAAAUAAAAAAGCACCUAACUGUGAUAAUAAUGAAAUUGAGGAAGAAAAACAAGAUGUUAAAAGAUUUAAACAAUCUGUAUAA